GAGGGCGCUCGGGGGGCCCGGCCCGGGCGGGCCCCGCUCGCAGCCCCGGCCCGCACCCAUGGGCGCCGGACGGAGCGAAAUCCCGGGAAGAGGCCCCGGGAAGAUCGGGAAAUCCCGGGAAGAGGCGCCGGGAAGCUCGGGAAUUCCCGAGGGAUGGAGAGCAGGGCCCUGUAUCUCCGCACCUUCUCGGAGCGGGACAGCGGAUCCGGCCCGGAGGAGCCCUGCGAGGGGAGGAGCCUGUCCAAGCUGAACCUCUGCGAGCACGAUCCCGGCCGCAGGAUGAGGAUCCCGGGAUGCUGCGCCCGGAUCCCGCCGGGCUCCGUGGCGGCGCUGAAAUAUUCCGUGGCCGGGCUUUACCUCCUGGUGCUGCUGCUCCUGGUGGGAAUCUUCAUCCUGGCAGCCUCCCGCCCCCGGCCGUCUCCCGAGGAUCUGCAGGCGCUGCUGGGGGACCUCCACCGGCUCAACGAGACCUUCCGGGACCUGCAGCUGCGUCUGCCGCUCCCCGCGCCGCAGGGCGAGCUCCUGGAGCACCUCUGGAGCCUGCAGGACCUGCUGCACAACCACUCGGACUCGCUGCUGCUGCUGCGGGCGUCGCUGCGCGGGCUGCAGGGGCUCCUGCGCGCGCUGCAGGGCCAGGCCGGGCAGACGGAGCGCGCCGUGUCGCGACUCCGCGAGUCGCUGUCGCAGCAGGGCGAGGCGGCGCAGCUGGAGCUGUCGCGGCUCUGGGUGGAGGCCAACGGCAGCCGGCUGCUCCUGGAGCACCACCAGCGCCUGCUGGGCCGCCUGGGCGGGCGGCUGGAGGCGCUGGGCGAGCAGGCGGCGGCGCUGGGCGGCGCGCUGGGCGCGGUGAACCGCAGCCUGUCCUACGACGUGCGGCUGCACCACGCGCGGCUGCGGGACCUGCAGGCCCUCGUGGGCAACGCCAGCGCCGACGCCCGGCGGGCGCGGCAGGAGAGGGCGGACACGGAGAGGGAGCUGAGGAUGGAGAUGGCCCUGCUCAACAACGUCACCGAGGAGCUGCGGCUCCGGGAUUGGGAGCACGCGGCGGCGCUCCGGAACGUCUCCGUGAUCCGCGGGCCGCCGGGACCCAAAGGAGACCGAGGCAUGGAAGGGAUGGAGGGGGAGCCCGGCCUUCCCGGCCUUCCCGGGCUCCGAGGGCUCCCCGGGGAGCGCGGAGCCCCCGGCCCGCGCGGACCAAAGGGGGACCAGGGGGAGCUCGGCCCCCGCGGCGCCGCGGGGACGCGCGGACCCAAAGGUGACCGCGGCCCCAAGGGGGACAAGGGGGACCGAGGCGCUGCCGCCGGCACCGCGCCGGCGGAGGGCGCGGUGCGGCUGGUGAACGGCUCCGGCGCGCACGAGGGGCGCCUGGAGAUCUUCCACGAGCGCCGCUGGGGCUCCGUCUGCGACGACGGCUGGGACGGCCGCGACGGCGACGUGGCGUGCCGCAUGCUGGGCUACCCCGGCGCCGCCGACGUCUUCCGCAUGGCGCGCUUCGGACAAGGCUCCGGGAAGAUCUGGAUGGACGACGUGUCCUGCACGGGCAGCGAGGAGUCCCUGGAGCUCUGCAGCUUCUCGGGCUGGGGCCGCACCAACUGCGGCCACGCCGAGGACGCCGGCGUGCGGUGCCGGACGGACUGACCCCAGAGAGA